AUGAUUCGCUUCCUUGGAUCCGUUGUUUUGAUGGCCUUUGUCCUGGCGGAAAAUGGAAACAACCCAAGCAGCAUGUCCAACGAGGAGAUCUUCAAAAUCGUCAAAGGAAGUUGCGACGAUCAAUUCUUCUUCUGCCCAAGCGAGAAAUACCUGGUGAAAGUCAAGGACCUACGUUUCUUCAACAAAGUCGGAGUCUUGGACUCGGAGCCCGUCAAAACCUACAAGUCAGGAAAAAUUGCUGCCAGUGACGUGAUCGACUACUUCCGCAAAGAGUAUUGCUGUACCGAUGGAGACUGUCUGGCCGAAUGCAACGUGUUCCCACUCGCCGAGAAGAGCAUCGUUCACAACUUCCCACAGAUCUACAAAGAAGUCUUCGCUUUGGGAAUGGAGGAGCUCAAGCCAUUCGAGAAGAUGUACCACCACUACAUUAAGCACCACAAGAAGGGAUCGCGUCAUGUUCCAGCGGAGAUCGAGGAGCUUUUCGACAUCCUCGACGCUAACGAGGACCUGUACAUCGAUCUCCUCUCCAAGCAGAGAAAGGAAGCCUAA